AUGGCUUUCCGCACGACGGCGGAAGAAAUGGAGAGGCUUCAACUAUCCGAUGACGACACAGAUGACCUCUGGAACUCCCCAUCUAAGAGAGUGACCCACAAAAAGAUAAACCCAAGAGCCUCCGACGAGAAACCUACGCCAGAACCUCGAGCUUCCCAUGAUGACGAGGAUCCUCUCUUCGAUGAACAGGAGGCCCGGGAGGCUGCUCUCCGGACAGAAUUACAAGGUGUGCGGAAUAUCAACGAAGUGAUAGAAGGACUUCUGGGAAGUUUAGACUCCGCCAAAGGAAACAUGGAGACAGUUUCACAAACUGUUACUUCGGCCUCGACACUCCUCAACACGUGGACUCGCAUUCUCUCCCAAACCGAACAUAAUCAGCGAUUGAUCCUCAACCCCAACUGGCAAGGCGCUACUCAGGAUGUGAUCGACAUCGAGAACCAAGCGAUUCAACGACAGCAAGCGGCAGAAAGACGUGAACAAGCACUUCAACAACAAAGAGAAGCAGCAGCGCGAAAAGCCGAAGAAAUUGAAAAGCGACGUGCACAGGUCACUCGGGGUACUCGAGGCACGCGCGGAACUACGAGGGGCACAGUUCGAAGCAUUGGCUUGGGAAGGACGCCGAGUGUCAGCACAACCCGCACGGCAACACGGGGGUCUACGACAACCCAACGGCCAGCCAGUGGGAUAGCACGAGGAAGUGGAAUUUCUCGCGGUCGGGGGAAGUUACACGCGUCGCGAUCUGAUAACGAUAAGGAGAUGCUACCCCAAAUUAUUCCCCUGAUCUCCGGAGAUUAUUCCGUCAUUCACCUUUCCAGGUACGACAACGUAAUGAAUUUCGCCCCCUAUCAAGAUCAAUCACCGGAGAUUGAGCGCGCCCUAUCCCCUCCCCACCCGGAUGGCCACCGAAUAUCCCCAGUCCUGCGCUCACCGCGAGCCUCGGCCGACCUACCCUCCCCUAGUCACUUUGCUAGCGGCGGACAUGGCAACACAGGCUUUGGGCGAGAUGUCGAGGGUGGCCAUGUGAGCUUAGGGGCUUUUGAAACGAGUCUUCCUAUUCGCAUGGAUAUAGAAGCAGCACUAGCGUAUCUGCUUCUGCCUCCUGCCGGGGGUGUAUUCCUGCUACUAGCUGAACACAAGAGCGACUAUGUGCGAUUUCAUGCUUGGCAAUCGAGCAUGUUAUUUGCUACCAUGUUUAUCAUCCAUCUACUGUUCUGCUGGUCGAGCUUUCUCUCUUGGACAUUUUUUAUUAUUGAUAUUGCUUUAAUCGGCUUCCUCAGCAUGCAUGCUUACCAAGAUGGUGAGUCUCCCGAGGUUUCUUGA